ACAACACGGGGGUGUUCUCAGUGCGUGUCGGUCCCCACUCAUUAUGCCCACACCACCACCACCGUGUUUCGCGUGAACAUCCCACUCGCCCAUUUGAUUGGUGGCUGAUGCGCGCGGGGAUGGGCACAAUUCUGCAGGAGCGAGUGCCACAACAAUGUCUGCAGAGGGUUUCCACCAGGGAGGCGGAAUGGAAGAAGAAGGCGCCGUGGAGCAACAACAACAGGCCUAAUGCGACCAGCAACAAAAUGGGCAGGAGGCAGUCACAAAGGAAGCCGCUGCAGCCACAGUACAUGCUCCCCAGCCAAGAAAAUAACAAUAGGCUGCAGCAAAGGAAGAAGCACAAGCCUCACACACCUUCAACCAAAAGCAACAUGUCCAAACACAGUGCUCAGGGCCCCUCAGAGUCCAGGUCCCCUGCAGAGGACUGGGUGGAGCCAAAGGUGCAGCAUCCGCCCAGAGACCAGAAGCUGACGGCGUUCAGAGCGAGGAGACACACGGCAGCAUUUCCCUGUCGUCAUCUGUCGGACUCCAGCCCUGACCUGCUGCAGGGUCUGUCCCCCCACAGGCAGGGUGGAGGUCUGAGCACGCUCGGAGACGGCGACAGUGACUCCGACCUGUCAGAGUCAGAGAGACUUCCUGUGUCGCCCUGUCAUCGCGUUCCCCCGAAGCUCGACCUGCGUCCGGAGGUCAUCGAAGCUGAUCCCACCUCCGCCCCCACCUCCCACUGCAGACCCAGAAGCCACUGCCACGGGGAUUUUAACUUCCCAGACUUCCUCCCUCCACCUUUUAAUUCCUGGAGUCUCAGUCAGCUGGCGGUUUUCUACAACAUGGAGGGCCGCGCGGCGCCUCGGCCCCGCCCCGUUGGCCCUUUGGAGCGGUACCUGGAGAGGCUGCUGCAGCUGGAGUGGAACCAGAUCCAGACUGUUCAGGAGGAAAGUGGGAAACCUGCUGGUUCGGAGGUGAUAUCCAGCUGCCACAAAGCGCCCGCUGCCGCCUCGUCACGCCUCAGCUCUCCAAAGUGCAUCCUGCAGUGUCAGCGCGCCUUCCCCCUCACCUUCCUGUCCUCUCUGGCCAGUCACUCGGCCCUGCUCUCCGGCUGCUCCUGCACCCUCUGCCGGAUCCGCUACUCCACCUGCUCCACCUCCUGCUGCCGCUCCGCCCACAUCCAGACCCGCCACUCCAGACUGAGCCCCAUGAUGGACCGCAGGGGGCCCGGGUCGCUCCCCAAAAGGAGCUACAGCGAGAGCCGGGUGCACCCCUCUGCGGACCGGGCCUCCAGGACUCAGCGGUUCAGCAGUCCCGUGAGGACCAGCAGCAGCCAUAUGAAGCGAAUGCAGGCGGUGGGAAACAUCCGAAACCCCGUCCAAGGUGCUAAUAACAACAACAAGCUUCAGUCCACUGCCAGAGACCAGAGCGUCAGAGCCGGAAGGGAACAUCCUGGAUUGAGGGGGGAUGUGUUGGACUUCAGGACUGGGGGGUUUAGGAGAAGGAGCGGCUCAGAGCAGAGGAAAACCGGCUCAGAACGGCAACAUAACGCCUCAGAGAAAAGACGGAGCGGGUCUGAGUGUAGAAGAGGAGGUGAACGCAGGAGAAACACUGACCUCCGGGAGAUUAAACCAGACGCUGUCGCUGCAAUAAUGGACAAUUUACCAGGAACCAAACACUCUCCUGUAAACAGACCCAACAGAAGCAAACAGGUGGAAUUUAUAACAUAGGAGUCAACUCAAAGUCAGAGUUUUCUCUAGAUGUUUCACUGCAAAAAUCCAAAUCUUACCAAGUGUAUUUUUCUCAUUUCUAGUCCA